CGUGUUUCCCCCUUUCCUUCGUGUCCUAUGCUGAGGUUCUUCACCUCCAUUUCUUCCCUCACAGUCGAGGACAAGGCUUCCUUUCCUCGUGUGUGCGUUACCGGUGUUUUUGUCUCACGUGAUGCUCAGGGUCGGCCCCCUUCGGGCCGGGGCCGGGGACGGGGGUUACUGGGAAGCUCCCGCCCCUCGACCUCUCUGGGCUUGGGUCUAGACUCAAGGUCCAGGUCCCUUCUACCCUCUUAGGGGCAACAGACAUGCCUUGGCCCUCGUCCCAGAUGAUCUCAGCGUAGCGAUCCUUCUUCUCCCGGGUUUCAACAGAUAAAGCUGCUGCUCAGAAGGAAACAUUUUGUACAAUUACCUUCAGACACAAUCUUUCUAAAUGUUGGAGAGAAGAGUCUUAAUAAGAGUUUUAUUAUUCAAAAAAUAAAUGUGGUUGAGGUGGUGCCAUGCAGGAAGAAGUGGAGAGAUGCAGAGGUCGAGCCAAAAGGCCUGACAUGGCGCUUUAUGUACCUAAAGCUCGUAGGAAUACAGUUCUCCUUAACACAGGUGAUAAGGAAAAAAGCUGUGGCCCUCCUAACUCUGUGGUGAAAGAACAACAAAAAGCAAGUUGUCUUUCUCAAAAACAGACCUUGGAAGACAAGCCUGAGGCUCAAAGACUAAGUAUUAACACUGAUAAGAGGGAGAAUAAUUGUAGAGAAGGAAAGAAAUCUUUAACAAAAUUUAAAAAAGACACGUGUUUUCAUAAAAGGAAUAAAGACAGGCUUUGUACUAAGAAAGGACUCACAUUAUCCAAAGAAGUUUUAUCCGAAGAACAUGAGCAAAGAGUCUUAAAUGCUGGGAUUAUGCCUUCAGUACCUUUACAAAGAUACUUUAAACCAAAGGCAGUGGAGUGUUUGGAGGCUCAUUAUACAGAUGUGACAGGAUAUGAAGGAAUACUUCUCUCACAGUCUCAUUCAGAAAUUAGUGAGAUUAAUCAGGUUCUAAGCAGACCAUUUCACAGUAAGGAAUUAUGUGAUUUCAGUGGACAUGAACUAAGUGGGGAAAUUUUUGAAGACAAAGAUUCAGGAAGCAGAACUGAAACUGAUGCCAAAGUUGUGGAGAUAAUGUCCCAGCUUCCUAUAGAUCUUACUGCUGUAUUAAAACCUGAGAGCAUGACUGCACAAGCAGAGGUAUGCUUGGAUUCUGAAUUUAUGCAACAAAGCAUACGAAUACCAGAUGGAACGUUGAAGCUCAACAAUGGAAGCAUCACUGCUGUUUCUGUUUCUGAAAGUCCACGUGUUGUCAUUGGUCAGACUUGUGCAGACUGUGAAGUUGAGAGUAUAGGUGAUACAGCCAACAGUACAGGUUUCAUGUUGGGGCAGAAAGGUAUAGAUUCCAUUCCUGAGACUAUGGCUCACGUUGCUCAUAAAAUGACUAUGGUUAGCAAAUUAGAGCACAAAAAUGACAUUAUUGAUCCAACAAUGAUUAGAGGAUGUGAGGAGAAUGACAGCACUAAUGAUAAGUUAUGUGGAAAACAUGAAUCUUCUGAUACUGCUGUUCUUGCUCAUGAAAUAGAUAGUGGAUCUGAGAGUAUAGAUGGCCUUACUAAUAAGGCAUGUAUGAUAGAUGUUACAGGUCCCACAUGUGAUCAUGUAACUGUAGGUAGCCCUUGUGUAAGUCAACUAGAUGAUACUGGUAGUGAUACAGGUAGUUUCUCAAAAUGCAUAGCAAUGAAUGCAGAUAUAGCCCCUCCUCAUGUAGUUAAAAGUGAGAAUGACUCUGAAAAUUUCAGCAGUCUGACUGCUUGCCCAGAUACUUAUGCUGAAAGUGUUUCAUCUAGUUUUACAGAGUCAACAGGAAAGUUGGUAGAGAGCAUGUCAGAUUGUACUUCCUCCUCACCUGUUAAGAUUGCUGAUAGUAACUGUAACACAUUUUUGGACUCUAAACCACAUAUUUCAAAUGGGACAAAAGAAUUUUCAGAGAGUGCCUUUGGCAAUGAUCUGGAUAUUACUGGUGAUAUAACAGAGGCAUUACAUGAACUAAGAACUGCUAAAGAAUUCAAAACAAAAGAACAAGAUGACUCAGAGAAUAUAGAAUUUGCUGUGUCAUUUCCUGUUAGAGAAUCAUCUCUGGAAACAUCCAUGGAAUUAAAACUAGCUGAAAUGUCUCACAGAACAGAAAGUACUGCUGUAGAGGAGAGUUGGGAAUCUAUGUUUAACGAUGAUGGUGACUGUGUAAAUCCACGUCUUCUACAAGAGUUAUCAGUGAAUAUGAAGGACAAAGAAAACAUCCAGGAACCCAGAUUUGAUUAUUACAACCAUGAAGUUCCUGAUAUUGACCUCAGUGAAUGUGAGUUCCCACAUGUCAUUGAAAUUUAUGACUUCCCCCAAGAAUUUCGUACAGAAGACCUUCUACGGGUUUUCUGCAGUUAUCAGAAGAAAGGAUUUGAUAUUAAAUGGGUGGAUGAUACACAUGCUUUAGGAGUAUUCUCCAGUCCGAUCACAGCUCGUGAUGCUUUGAGUAUUAAACACGCCAUGGUGAAGAUCCGACCCUUGUCACAGGCCACAAGAGCAGCCAAGGCCAAAGCUAGAGCUUAUGCUGAAUUCCUUCAGCCAGUGAAAGAAAGGCCUGAGACUUCAGCAGCCCUAGCCAGAAGGUUAGUUGUCAGUGCCCUUGGGGUUCGAAGCAGGCAGAGCAAAACGGAACGGGAAGCAGAGCUCAAGAAACUACAAGAAGCCAGAGAGAGAAAACGUUUGGAAGCCAAGCAACGUGAGGAUAUCUGGGAAGGCAGAGAACAAUCUGUAGUUUGAACAUUGUUCAAUGAAAAGGGAAACUCCAUGAAUAAGAAAAAUAUUUCUGUAGCCUCAGAUAAGAGGAUCCUUCCAGAGCUGUGUACACAAGGAUAUGCACGUUAAAGCAAGAGAAAAAGCUAUCAAGACAAAGAUUGACUGGGUAGAAAGAAAAUAGACAUUUGUCUUCACUCCUAAAUGCAGCUCUUUGUUACUACCCUACUGUGGUAGAUACAAAAGGAAACAGUCAGCUGAGAAAAACAGUGGAAGAUGCAGUUUCCAAGAGUCCCAUGGACAGAGCAAGUCAUGUUAGCAUGGAUCGUACUUUCCAAAAUGUCUAAAGCAAAUGCAAAGCAGAGCAGAAGAUUCGAGCCUGCACUGAUGGGAGAUUUAGGCCCUGCAAAGGCAGAGCAUUCCUUAUUACCUGACAAAGCUGGAAACAGCAGUAUUGGAGACAGGAAUGAUGGACAUUUAGGGAGCAGAUAAGACAGACAGAUGAGAGCUGUACCUGGCCCCCACAUGAUCUAUACUGCUGGUCCCAGAAGUCCAGAGUUAGUGAACCGCCACAGAUGCAAGGAUCUGGAUCUGGAGCUGGUACUCUCCAUGCCUAGAGCUACGCCAGCUGUACAGUGACCAGGCACCUGCCAGCUGCACUCCAGCCAGUCCUGAGGAGUUGUGUGCCAUUUCUACUUUAAAGAGCAACAUGUUGUAAGAGGGAAACAGUAAAGGCCAUUUUAAUGACAUAUA